AUGAUCAACACUAGAACUCCAGAGAGAGCUUAAAAUUUGAUUGAGCAAGGUGCAACAUUUAAAAGUUCCCAAGAAAUUGCGAAUGAAUCUGAUUACAUAUUUUUGAUGCUCGGCCAUCCACAAGAAGUAGAAGAUUUACUCUUAAAUUAAAAUACCGGAAUUCUCCAGCAUAUGAAAAAAGGUGCUCUUCUGAUAGAUCACAGUACUAACAAACCAUCUUUUGGGGAAAAAAUUAAUCAAAUUGCUAAGUAAUAUGAAUUAAGGACAUUAGAUAUUCCUGUAUCAGGAGCUGAGAUUGGUGCUAUUAAUGGGAGACUUGUCUCUAUGGUAGGAGGUGAAAAAGAGGAUUUAAAGUAGAUAGAGGAAAUACUGAGUUGCUAUUGCAUAGAUAUUUCUUACAUGGGUAAGAGUGGGUGUGGUCAACAUACAAAAAUGGCAAAUUAAAUGAUGAUUGCGAAUACAUACAUUGGAAUUGUUGAGGGACUUAUUUAUGCAAACAAAGCAGGUUUAAGAUUAGAUUUAAUGAUUGAGAUUUUGAAGAACGGGGGCGCAGGUUCAUUUCUGCUAAAAAAUCAGGGCUAUAAUACAAUUGAAAGAAAAUUUAGCGUUGGCUUUGCGUCAGAUCUCUUCAUUAAAGAUGUAAAUUUAUGUCUAGAAGAGGCUAAAAACCUAGGCCUAUCCUUACCUGGUCUGGCUUAGGCAUCCUAGCUCUUUAUGACCUUAUCUGAAAAAGGAUACGGAAAUCUUGGUCCUAAUGGGCUACUUUUGAUUUAUGAGGAGCUAAAUAACACAAAGAUCGAAGGAUACGAGAAAUGUACAGAAUCUUCUUGUAAAUGA